AUGGGCCAAUUAUUCGGAUCAAAACUAAAGAAAGCUAUACCACGAUACGUUGAUUACAGGAAAACUGUAUCAAAAACACCGGUAAUAGCUCAGGGUUCAUGCAGAGUAUGUUACAUUUUCGCAGCACUAUCAACUCUUGAAAUGCAUAUAGCACUCAAAAAUAAGAAGCGUCCGGUAGAGCUAUCAGUUCAGGAUGUAAUGGAUUGUAGUCCUUUUCAAAAAUGCUACGGAACGGGCGGAAAUCUAGUACAGGUUUUUGAUUGGGUUAGUGAGAAUGGUGUAAUGACCAGUAAAAGAUAUCCGUAUAAAGAAAAUGAUAGUGUUUCAUGUCCGAGUGAAAGAUCGCCGAAAAAAAUGAAAGAAGCAUUAGCUGGUGGUGUUUAUUUAUCAUAUGGUAAUGAAAAUAUUAUCAGAAGAGCAUUGGCAAUUUAUGGACCAGUUACUGUUUCAUUAUAUGCAUAUCAAAGUACUUUUGUAAAUUAUAAACGUGGCAUUUAUGAUGAUCCAGAUUGUCCAACUCAUGCAGAUCAUAUAAAUCAUGCUGUAGUGGCAGUUGGUUAUGGUGUGAAAAAUGGAAAGAAAUAUUUCAUCAUCAGAAAUAGUUGGGGCGCAACGUGGGGUAUGAAAGGAUACGGUUAUAUUCGUGCCGGCGUGCUUAUGUGCGGUAUUGGCCAUUUUUCUACCAUACCAAUAUUCCUCUAA